AUGCUCAACUACCUGAACAGACUGGCGACUUCUAGUCUGCCGCCAACUGUCAGCACGCACCAUGAGAUAGAGCUUCGAUACGUGAACCAUUUCCAGACUCAUGUGCGCCAUCUCCUUCCAGCGCUUUCGCUGCAACUUGUCGACAAAUUCUUACAGUCGCCUGGGUUACGAUUUGCCGUGCUUUGUAUAUCGGCAUCCAAUCUCUCAAUGCUCAAUGCACGGGUUCAGCACCGCACCCUACCAAAUGAUAGCCGAAAAUCUGUUUUCAGCCCACUCGUGAAUGGCUUGCAUCACAGCCACGCCCAGCAAUAUCACGAUUUGGCGCUGUGGGAUUGCCGUACUGCAGAGCAUGAGGGGAUCAAAAAUGAAGCACCGGCACUACUCGCUGCACACGUUCUUCUGGCCUAUUACCAUCAUGCAUCCACGGAUUAUCUACGAUUUCGAUUCGCUGUGAGGGAUGCUGUGCGGUUCGUUUUGCAGAACAGGGCGACUAUCGCUGAUGCUCCAGAUGGUGCUGACGCAUUGCAAAUGUGGUACCGCCUCUGCGCAUCUCACCGACCCGCAAAGCCACCUGCCUUACUCCUUGAAGGCGAGGGAGCAAGUUCUUUUGGGCCGAAUCUCCUUCCGGAUGUUACUGAACAUAUCUAUCUCACUUGUAUCGUGGGGAUGAAUGUAGAUGACCUUAUCUAUGACAUUCUGAUCAAGACACUGGAAAUCCGGACCAAGUUGAUGGUGUUCCGUUGUGUAGCAGCCAUCCGUCAGGUCUCUGAGACCUCCAGUGAUAUUGGCCCUCUUGCCCAUGAAGUGAUGAAUAAAAUGCUAGGGCGUGAAUGUGGGCCAGAUGAAUAUGCGGAGGCACGGGAUAGCUUUGUGCGCGGCUCAAGUUUGCUAGGCUUGCUGGAUGUGCAAAAAGAACGUUUGAGGGUGUGGCGAUCUCGACUUAAUGCGGACCAGCUGCGAACUCAAUGCGGUUCUACCUCCAGUGCAGAAAGGCAAACGAGCCCUGAAGCUCCAGACUUACUCAUUAGUCAAGAAUUUCCGACCCAUCGAGAUGCCAUGAACGCCUUGUACUGUUUGCUUUGCGAAAUCACAUUCGAAGAAGGCAGGCAAACUUUCGCAUCGGACCACAUGUCUACCGUCGUUGGAGUCGAUCCUUCAAAUGUGAUUGCCAAUAUGGCCUAUAGUGCGUGCCAUGUUGCUAAUAGUCUUAAUCUGGCCGUAUCGAAUACGUCGGACGUCUACACGAUGAGUCUAGCAGAGGUCCUGCUUCAGCUUGUGUUUCUCUGGCGAUCGGAUGAGCUGUUUCACUACAUACUGGAUGUUUUAUGGCCACGGCUUGAGACGCACGGAAAGGGCUACGAGCACUCCCACUACCCUACGCAUCUUGUCAAGCGUAUUAUAGCUCAAACUGCAGCAUACUGGGCGCAGGGUCGAGUGGUCAAUUUCGCCCAGCCAGCAGUCGCCGAGAACAUAUCGAAGUUAAACCUGUUGGAUAUUGACCAUCCGUUAGAGCUGGUGGUCUGCGGGUAUAAUAUGGAUGGCAUGUAUUUCAUCGAGAAAAGCCCACUGCCUUGA